AUAUUUCCGUUCUAGUAUAAAAGCCUAACAUGUCUUGGGGACGGGGUUGAUGAAUAAAUAAAAAAGCGAUUAUAGCUAAUAACAAAAACGUUAGGGGCCCGUAAUUUUGUUUACAUACUCGUCGUCUUGACACCAUUUUGAAAUUUGUGAUAAAAAUAAACAAAGUCGAGAUUAUUAGAGAAAGUUUAUUUAUUUAUGCAAGCACUUAACUUAAAGUUAAAAAAACAUCGUAUUUUUUUAUUUGUUUGUUAAACUGUGUUAAAGGAGUGGUUGUAACAAAACAGAUAUUUAAAUUUCAAUCUACAACAUCAUUCCUUGUCAACUAAUCAGACGUUUGGCUGUUGAUACAAGAUGGCGAGUGAUACUGUAAAUACAGAUCCGAAAAAUCUUGCUGUCUGGGAUUGGAUUGUUAUUGGAGUGUAUUUUGCAAUAUGUUUGGCGUUGGGAAUAUAUUCAAAGUUCGGCAAAAACAAAAAUGGUACUGCGGAGGAGUAUUUUUUAGCCGGUCGUUCAAUGAUGUGGUGGGCCGUUGGAGGCAGUUUAUACGCUAGCAACAUGGGUUCGGAACAUUUCAUCGGGCUUGCCGGCUCAGGCGCGGCAGCUGGAAUUGGCGUCGUAGCUUAUGAAUGGCACGCUAGCUGGAUUUUACUUCUUCUUGGAUUCUUCUUCGUUCCUGUGUAUAUCCGCUCCAAGAUUUACACUAUGCCAGAGUAUCUUCGAAACAGAUUUCAAAGUAAAUGGAUGCGGAUUUACUUAACCGUUGUCUCGUUGAUUAGCUAUAUCACCACAAAAAUCGCAGUUGAUAUAUACGCUGGUGGAAUUUUUCUCAAGAAAGCCAUUGGAAUUAAUAUUUAUGCAUCGUCAGCAGUUCUGUUAGCUUUUACAGCAGUAUACACGUUACUAGGUGGUUUGACCGCAGUCAUUUACACUGAUGUCAUGCAAUGUACCUUGAUGGUUGUUGGGGCGUUAGCUUUGUCUAUUAUUGGCUUCAAAGAAGUUGGUGGUAUAAAUGGUCUUUGGGAUAAAUACGCAAUUGCAGCAGGAAAUGCCACAUUUUUACCUACUGUAAUCACAACAGCCGCCACAAAUGUUACUAUGACGACAACUGCUGUUGCUAAGACAACGGCUGUCAUAGCAACAGUAACUAUGGCCAAUGCAACCACGCAAGCUCCGUAUGUGGCAUCAUGUUAUAAAGCAGAAGAAAAAUGGGAUCAUAUGUUUCGUCCACUCGACGAUAAAGAAUAUCCUUGGAUUGGAAUUGUAUUUUCACUACCUAUCACCGGUAUUUGGUACUGGUGUACUGAUCAGGUGAUUGUCCAACGAACAUUAGGAGCCAAAAGUAUGGUCCAUGCAAGACUCGGUACUAUUGUUGCCGGCUUUUUAAAAUUGUUACCUUUGUAUAUCAUGGUGAUGCCCGGCAUGAUUUCGCGUGUGUUAUAUCCGGACAUCAUCGCUUGUCCGGAUCCCAAAUCGUGCAAAAUGCAAUGCGACAAUGAGUAUGGUUGCUCAAAUGAAGCAUAUCCGGAAUUGGUGUUAAAUAUUUUACCUGUAGGUUUGGUAGGGCUUAUGUUAGCUGUCAUGGUGGCUGCCCUUAUGUCGUCGCUUUCGUCAGCGUUUAACAGCGCUAGUACUAUUUUCACCAUGGAUAUAUGGCGGGUGAUUAGACCCAAGUCAUCUAACAGAGAGCUACUCAUAGUAGGGAGGGUCGUCGUCUGUAUUUUAGUCGUUGUGGGAAUGUUAUGGCUGCCUAUUGUAUCAAAGGGUCAUGGCGGCCAGCUUUUUAAAUAUCUCCAAACCAUUCAAUCUUACCUCGCCCCACCAACUUGUGCGGUGUUUUUGGUUGGCAUGCUAUGGCCUCGAUUAACAGAAGCUGGUGCUCUUACUAGUAUGUUGUUCGGUUUACUACUGGGUAUCAUCAGACUUUCAUUGGAUGUGGCGUACCCACAACCACACUGUGGACAGGAAGACACACGAAAUGCUUUUGUGAAAUUACAUUUCAUGUACUACGCGUUACUUAUGUUCUUUGUUUGCAUAAUCAUAAUGGUGACCAUCAGUUUAUUCACUCGCCAAGUUCCACUCGAAAUGCUGGGCGCACUUACGUGGAAAACUAUAAACCGCCCACGUUACCGUGAAGGAAAACGAUCAGCGGAGUAUGUAGUAACAGCUGAUGUAGCCCUGGGUGAAGUGAAGAUUAAAGAUGGAGGUGUUGAAAAUAGUCGCACCAUGUUGGCAGCAGACCAAGAAGAGUUGGAUGAAAUCGAACAGUUUGAACAUCAAUCGAAUCUUAGUAAAUGGGGUGUACGUUUCGCAGCGUUUUGUUUGGUUUUCGCCUUGUCGUUUCUAUGGAUAUGGUAUCGAUAGUAGUCGAGACAUAAGCCUUGCCUCAUUAAUUCAAACAGUUAUAUUUUUACGUGAUAUUUUUCGUGAUAAAAAUAAAUUGCAAAACCUGA